AAUAGAUUUGGAAAAAAAUAUUGAUACAGUAAUCUUUUUGCUUCUCGAAAUAAAGAAAAAAAUAAAAGAAGAGCUGAAAGAAACUCCUUGUCAUGAUUGCAAUAAACUAAAAGAUAAUUGUAAAAGUACAUUUAAGAAAUAUAACAAGAGUUUAUCUCUUAUCGAAAAUAUAGUAAAACUUCAAAAAGAAGUUGAUGAAACAAAUAGUGAAUAUUUUAAAUUAAACAAAAAAUAUAUCGUUCUAAAAGAAAAAUAUGAGUCUCCUGAUGAUUAA